AUGUCGGAAAAACACCCUAUCUUCACCAAUCAAGCACCUGCUCCCUUUCCUGUCUUUUCGCAAGCCAUUGUCAGAAAAGAUAGCGUAUACUGCUCCGGCAUGAUCGGUCUCGAUGUGAAAACCAACAGACUAGUCACCGGUGGAAUUCAAGCUCAGACGGAUCAAUUAGUCCGAAACCUGGAAGCCGUUCUCAAGGAGGCGCAUUCUGGCUUGCAGAACGUACUCAAAAUGACCGUCUACAUCACAACAAUGGAUGAUUUUGCCGCGAUGAAUGAAACAUACGCACACUACUUCUCAGCUCCAAUGCCAUGCGAUCGCUUGGUGCCAAGUUGUUCCACUUGUCAGCGGUCUCACAAACGAUGCGACUAUGAGAAACCAAACAGAACACCAUUGACGAGAAGAUAUCUGACCCAGAUCGAAGAAGAGCUAGCGCGAGCUCGAUCACUUCUUCAGGGAAGACACAACCAAAGUCCCCGAUUUCCAAUUUCGGAGGGUCCCUCACGCGAGAACAGCGAGUUUGUCGCCGUCGCUGAAGACCCAGUACAUUCCAUAUCUCCGGCUAGCCCAUUAUCAAGCCACCAAGUAGCAUCACAACCACACAAUGAUAGCAGCAAACUCCCUACUCAUACAGGGAAUGAUGCUGGAGCGGGCUCGACGAAACCUCAACAUGCGAGUAGAUGCGUCCUCCUUCCACCCGAAGUAGCUCCUCAGGCCACUAGUUUGGACUGGGAUGAACGAGACAAUACUUUGCAGAAUAUGUCGGAUCCGAAACCAAAGUCUUCAAGUGAUGGCUACUUUGGUGUCUCGUCAACGAGAGCGUUUCUUCGCAUGACGGGUCGGCAGGAUGAGCUGUAUCCACCUACGAUGAUGACCCAAACCUCCGUCACAGCAACAGAUCUGGUGCCAUUGUCGUCUUUAGCCGAAUAUGUGGAUGCAUACUUCGAGCGAUGUCACCCUCUCCAUCCACUGUUGCAUGAAACCGCCUUUCGCGCCCAAAUGAUGAAUCUGUAUCCGCGACCACAGCAGCAACUCUGGGAGAUGCUCCUUUAUGCGGUUGCUGCAUUGGGUGCGUUUUCUAUAUCAACAUCAAAUCAAAAUACCGACCGUGCUCUUUUCGACGCUGCGCGAGCAAGAUUCUCCAACGAUUUAAUGGAAACAGGCAACAAAACUUUGGUCCAGGCUCUAACACUCAUGUCGAGAUAUUUGCGCAUACGAAACAAGCUCAACGCAAGCUAUAAUUACCUUGGGCUUGCCAAUCGAGUUGCAAUAAGCAUUGGUUUGUUUAAGGAAUUCUCGUCGGCCGAUAGCAACCCGUUCUAUUGCGAGGUUCGUCGGCGUGUGUGGUGGUGCCUAUACACGUUGAACCUUGAAGACACCAUUGCAUUCUCCAGGCCACAGGACUUCCCUCAAAGCGGGGUCGAGGUCAAUUUGCCCUUAAACAUUCACGACCUGGACUUAACCCCCAACACGGCCUUUGUCGGCGCUGAAGCAAAUUAUACGACCUUAUAUACUUAUCUCAAGUUUGGGGCAGCCUUCUAUUCGACUAUCAGCACGGCCUAUGCCAGCAUUAUCAGCGUUCCGUACCCCCGAGCGCGCCAAUUGAUCGAAUAUGAUGACAACCUCGUUCGAGAAUGGGAAGCUUCUCUGCCCGCUUUCAUCCGUGAGAUUGCUAUAGAAAGCCCAAGGUAUACCCUGGGCCAUGCGGCUCUCUUCUGGAAAUGUCUGAACUUUCGGAUCCUGAUGUAUAGACCGUUCAUCGUCUGGCAUUUUAUCAUGCGACAUCGUGCUGAUCCACCCAAAGCCGCCGCUGAUCCAGAUAGUGUCAAUACCACGAUUCAACGAUGCCAAAAAGCCGCGGAGGAGACCAUUACUAUGAUCUCUGAAUUCUGGUUUCAACAGCAGAGAUCAGCCCUCGAUGGCUGGUAUGCCUUGCAAUUUUUGCUUCCCGCUAUCCUGAUCCCCGCUCUCUGCAUUCGAAAUGAAUCGACAUCACCACACUCGGCUUCAUGGCAAGACCAGAUCCGGAAAGCUAUCGAAGUUAUGGAAUCGAUCUCAUUGUUACUGGAUUCAGCUGUGCAUACUCUCGGCAUCAUCAAGUCGCUCUGUAAUGGGGUUGUCCCCUUAGAGAACGAGGUCUCUUCUCCACACAACCUCCCUAAAGUUCUAGGCAGGGAUUGGGAGCCAUCUGCAGAUGCGAAUUAUGACACCUUUUUCGAGGCGACUCAUCAAAUUUUGUGA